AUGUCCACCGGUGCAAACGUCAACAAACCUACAGACAUCAAGACGAAGGAGGCCGAUGUCAACCGAAAGCUUCAGAUCUACGGUAUCAUCUCUGCCUUCCAGAACGGCAAGGUCCCAUCAAACGACCAAAUCGAUGUCGCCCUAAGCAGCUUCCUCGCCUCUCGCGCCCUCUCUGGCCGCCACGAGAAGCUCUCAUCCGAUGGUCAAGAGUUGGUUAAGGAUGCCGCCAAUGCUAUCAAGCAAGCCAAGCAUCUCCUUCUCUCCAAGAACGAGGGCAACUUGAUCCAGGACUUUGUCUGGCAAACCACCCAGUUCGACGCUAAGAACGUCAACACCCCCAACGCGCCUGUCAGCAAGGACGCUGCCAAGCAGGAUGGUGAUCAAGCUCUUCAGGGCUUGAGGACCCUUGGCCAGCUGCUCAUCACUAACGGACAGUUCCGAAAACUUCUCUCUGAUGCUACUGUUCUUUUCCGCGAUAUGGCUGGUGAUGCUGCUACCAACGCUGCUGCCAAGGUCCGACCUUCUCAGGAGCAGCUUGAGAAGCUCGACGAGCCUGCUCAGGACAACGUCUGGCACGAGGCUCCUGACUUCUCCAAGCAGAACUUCAAGAACCAGGCCAAGGGCAUUUACAGUGGAAACCCCAAGGAGGAUGCUAAGGAGAUUGCUUCCGCUGGCAUUAACAGUGCUGCCCCCGGACAGCAGAACCAGCAAGGCUCUGGUGUGCCCGCUUCCACCGGUGAUGCCCGUGACGCCGCUCGUCAAACCGACCCUCAGGCCGGCAAGAACGCUGCUGCGGAGGCUGCCCAGAACAAGCUUGACAACAAGAUUGAUCCCGAGACCAAGGAGAGCAUCCUCAAGAAGAACGAGGAGUAUCGCAACAAGGCUCGCAACUACCUCGACAAGAAGAUGCCCCAGGAGCGCAAGGAGCAGACCAUCUGGCGUCUCAAGAAGAUGAUUCUUGAGUGCCAGCAGCACGAGGACUACUCCGAGGCCAUCCAGACUCUCCUCCGCUUGGCUGAGACCUACAGCCGCCACACCCGCACUGUUGGGCAAGGAUCUACCGACACUGCUAAGGAUGCCCGCGGUGGUCUCCACGCCGCCGAGCGCGAUCUCCGCACCAUCAUUGAGCGUUUCGCCAACGGUACCUCCACCGAGGACCUCUGGGAGGCUAUCGGCCAAAUCUACCGCGAUGCUGAUAACGACCGCGAGCUCAAGGACUGGUUCAAGUCCAUGGACUCUUACAUCCGCCGAUGCCUCCUUCAGCAGGGUUACAUCCUUGAGGAUCAGUCCACUCGCGAGUGGGAUCAGCUGUACGACCAGGGCAGAUACCUCCUCCGUAACAAGUACCGAGGCCACACCGACCGUAUCGUCGAUGAGAUCAAGUUCCUUGCCGACCAGUUCGACCAGGACGCUCAGAACCAUGCCUUUGCCCAGUCUCUCCAGAAGCUGUUCAAGGAUCUUGGCAACGACAAGGAUGGCAAGCCUGUCUUCAAGCCUCAUUUGCUCAAGGACUUGAGGGAUGUCAUCCUUCCCGCUGCCCUCGAGAACAUUGCUUACAUCCCCAUCCCUCGAAUUGAGUACACCGACUCUCAGUUCGAUGCUAUUAUCGAGAACCUUGUUCUUGAGAGUGACAACUUUGCUCCUAACGUCUUCGAGGUCGCCAGCGAGCACUACUUCCGCUGGGGCCGCAAGAAGAUUGCCAACAAGAGCCACCAGACCAUGGAGGUCAAGGUUGCCGGUAUCCAGAUGGAUCUCCGCGACGUGAGCUUCCACAUCAAGCGCAAGCAGGGCUUCCCUUCAAUCACCGACACUGGUGUUGCUGACAUCGUCCUCCCUGGCGACGGUUUCUCUUUCAAGAUGAAGGUGUCGACUGCCGACAAGAAGGAUCGUCAGAACUACUUCAAGGUUGAGAAGGUUGACGUUGACUUCGCCAAGCUUCAGAUUAAGGUCAAGAAGUCCAACCACAAGCUUCUAUUCUCUAUCUUCAAGCCUUUCAUGCUGAAGGUUAUCCGCCCUCCUCUGCAGAAGGCUGUUGAGAAGGCUAUUAAGGAUCAGUGCAACAAGCUUGAUCAGUUGCUCUUCCAGGUCAAGCAGGAGGCUGAUCGUGCCACCGCUGAGGCUAAGAACAACCCUGAGCAGGCUCCCAACAUUUACAACCGCUACUACAACGCUGCCCAGCAGCAGUUCACCAAGAACAAGAAGAAGGCCGAGGCGGUUGCUGCUGACAAGAAGGCCAACAUCGCUAUCACCAAGGAGGAUAGCAUUUUCCCCAACAUUGACCUUCCCGGUGGUAUCAGCACCAAGGCUACCGAGUAUAAGGAGCUUGCCCGCAAGGGUGACAAGUGGGAGAGCCCUGUCUUCUCUAUUGGUUCUGCCAAGAAGAGCACUGAUAUUCCUUCUGCGCCCAAGAUCCAGCGCAAGGCCCACCCCGUCUCUCAGCCAGGACCUAAGAACACUGGUUCCGAGUAUGACUUUUACCCCGCUGGUCACGGCCAAACUGGCAAUGGUGCCUUGAACGGUAACGGCCACCACGAUAACGGCCUUAACGGCAAGCACAUUGCUGGUAACGGCGAGGGCUAUGGUCUCAGCAACACUCAGGGUCUUCCCCACGGACAGGCACCCCUGACCGGCGGUCAGACCAUCAACAUCUAA